AUGAACAUGGGCUCGGGCCAUAGCGGCCAUGAUAUGAGCAGUAUGACCAUGAGUGGUGGUGUGUUCACGCCGACUGAUGAAGCUAUUGCACGGGGAUUUUGGUACGGCGUGGCAGGAUGUGUUGGAGUUCUCACCGCAGUCAGAGUCGCUUCAGCGUUACAAGUCAGGCAAAGGUUGAUGCAACAAAAGACAUCGCUCCAUUCGACACCUGCUAGACCGCAAGGAUGGCUUUCACAGGCAUAUGCCACAGCCACGGCGACCACACGAGAAAUGCUCUAUCCACAACCCGUGUAUUUCACGGGCCGGAUCAGCAAGUAUUUCAGUCCACUGCCUAUCGGCCGCUGGCUCCUGCUAGCGUUUUACUGGAUCAUCAUCCUGGCCUUCCUCUGGAGCGGCACAAUACUCAAAUCGAGUGACUCGCUAUACGCCUACAAGUGGGAGAUCGUAGGCUUUCGAGCUGCUUGGGUGACGGUCACACAGAUCCCUUUGAUUUACUUGCUGUCCUGCAAAUUCAACCCCAUAAGCCUCCUGACCGGCAUAUCCUACGAGCGCUUCAACUGGUUGCAUCGAUGGGUGUCGCGGACGGUCUUCCUCACGGCAAUAGUGCACUGGUCGUUCUUUUACAGGGAAUGGUCCAUCUACAAUAUCAUCGACACCCAGAUGGGAAUGAUGCCGAUGGUCAAGUAUGGAUUCGGCGCCUGGGGUAUCAUCACCUGGAUGGUUCUGACAGGCUUCGGCUUCUUUCGCAAUGCGAACUACGAGCUGUUCGUUGCACAACACAUCGUGGCCGCUGCAGUACUGCUAUGGGUGUUGUUUGUGCAUGUUCCGUCUUAUGCGCGAUAUAACAUUUGGAUGUCAGUAGCGUUCGUGAGCUUCGACUGGGGCGCGCGACUGAUAUUCGGACUGCUACGCAACACUCAUGUCCUGGGACGAAUGAAGUCAAGGAUGCCAGGCUACACCACUCGCCUCGAACCACUUCCGGGAGACGUUGUACGAUUGACGAUUGACGAUGCAGACUUUGAUUGGAAAGCUGGACAACAUGCCUACAUCACAAUCCCCGGACUGUAUCGACCUUUCGAAACACAUCCUUUCACGAUCGCGAAUGCAUGUCGUAAUGGUGCUGGUGACGGUCGCCAUAAGCUGACGAUGCUGAUACAAGGUCGUUCGGGCUUUACAAGGAGCUUACAUGAAGCAGCACUGAAGGAUCAGAAUAUCGAUCGAAGCUGUCGAACAUUCAUCAGUGGGCCAUGGGGCACACCACCAGAUCUCUCCCACUACGAGACUGUGGUGCUCAUUGCGUGCUCAACCGGAGCAUCGUUCAUUAUGCCAUUGCUCGAGGACGUGGUCAGGAGGCGCGGAUGCGUGCGAAAUGUCACCUUGCACUGGAUUGUGCGCACAGACGAGCACUUCACAUGGUUCGGGGAAGAGCUUGCAUCCCUGGUAGAGGCUUCGCGAGAUAUGGACCUACAUCUGCAAGUCUCUGUCCACGCGACCAGAGUUCACGCUUCACCGAGCGCGACAAUCGCGACCCCAGACAAAGGGCCAAGCAAUGUAGUGUCCGUCGCUGCUGACUCUUCGUCAGAACAGGGCUCCAGCCUUGGCAGCUUUGAAUCCAUCUCCAGGGAGAAGGCGUCCAAUCAACGUCUCAACAGAAGAAGUCAGCCGAGUCUGAGCAGAAGGUACUCUGGAAGGCCAACGCUGGACAUGAUGAUCCGCCCUUCGAUAGAGCAGGCACUGGGAGAAAGUGCAAUAGUGGUCUGCGGUGGUCUUCCCAUCACAGCGGAAAGUCGGAGUUAUAUCGCAGCCCUAUCUGACGAGCGUGCCGUGCACAAAGGGACAGGCGCACAAGGUAUCUUCCUGUUCACCGAGACAUAUGGCUGGUGA